AGUCAAGAAGCUUGUUUGAAACGUAAACAGGGUGGUGAAGAGUAACUGAUGAAUGGAGGAAGCUGAAAAACUAAAUGUUCACGGUUUAUUUCUCAUUUGGGACUUGAGUUAGUGAAUUCUGUUUGUGUAAUUAGAUAAAUUAUGGGUAGGUCCAGAUCUCGAAGUAAAUCGCCCAGGAGGCGGCAUAAGAAGAAACACGGUCAUAAGAGAUCUAAAUCAAGAGACCGAUCUCAUAAACAUCGAGAAAAAUCAAGAGAUCGUGCUUCUAAAAGCAGGAAAAGAUCUAGAUCUGCUUCAUCUAGUAGCAGUACAGAUUUAUCUGAUAGUAAAAAUGUAAAUUCUCUUAAAAAAAAGAUAUUGAAUGACAGAAAAAUGGAUGAGGUUGAGCGUCUUGCAGAAAUGGAAAGACAAAGGAAAAUGGAAAAUGUUCUAAGACUUGCUGACUUGGAGAAACAAAGGCGGCAGAGGGAAUCGGAGAACAAACUAGUGGAAGAGGAAGCAGCUAAGAGAAUCGAGGCAUUAGUCAAGAAACGUGUUGAGGAGGAACUAGAAGCGAGGAGAGAGGAAAUUGAGGCUGAAGUUGCUCGAAGGGUGGAGGAAGCAAAGGCCGCAAUGGAGGCUGAACUAAGGGCUGAAAUGGAGGCCAGGAGGCAGGAGCUCAUUGCCCAAGAAAAAAGGAGAGAGGUAAUGUCAAAAAUUGCUUUAUCCUCAAUAUUUUCACUUAUCACAAUCUUUUUUUCAGUUCUACGGACCCAAGAGCUAUUCAUCUGUGUACCAGUCUUAUCAUAAGCUAAAGAAACAUUAUAUUAAUAUUCAACUGACAUCUGGCAUUAAUAAAAGAUUUAUUUUAAUUUAAUUUUUUGAAUCUAUUGUCCAAUUUUUUUCUGAAACCCUUCGUACUUAUUAAUUCUUUUUCUCAUUCUAAGCUUGAAUUAGUUGGGCCGGGCUGGGUUCAAACAUAGAAAAAUCUUCAUAAUUAUAUGGAAUAAGAUUUAUUCGUAUUUAUGUGUUAUUAGUAUGAUCACCAAAAAUACAUUUGUUUUUCUGUUUUCAGGAUUUUUUAACAUUUUCUCCUAAAAGCCUUUAUAAAACCUUGUAUGAAAAUUCAUAAGGUAAUAAAAUAAGGUAUUGCUAUCAAAAUCAGAUGAAAUAUUUAGUCUUUCUUUUUCUGUUUCCUCCUGGAUAUCCUCCAUAAUCUUGAGGAUUCUGUUCUUCAUUUUCUGCGUAUGAUCCACCAAUCAUCUUACCCUUUCUUACUUAGACAACAUCUGAUGAAUUAUAUAGUAAGUCCAUCAACUAUUGAUGUUAUAACUUAAUAUUUUCAAUUAAAUGAUAAGGCUGGUUCACAUAUUUGAUG